UCAAUAAAAAAAAAAAAAAAAAAAAAAUCAUAUUUCAAUAUUGUAACAAGGCCUCUAUUUUGAAAAUCCUGACCCGGAAGUAGCUAGCCGGUUGUAGGUGAGCGGAGAGCCAGCAGCGGUUGAGCUGUCCUCCUCCUCCUCGUCUUGUCUCCUCCUCCCUUCUGUCCUCCUGUCUGUCUCCUCUUAACCUGUCACAGGACAACGUCCUUUCAUACAGAGACAAGCAGCAUUUAGUCCACGCUGCUGGGGGGGACACACGUCUCCGUGUUGGACAGACAGCCCGGGUCCAGUGUCUCAUCCACGGCGGUGAGAUGCCCAGAAAGGCGCGCUGCAACCUCCAGAGCUCGCUGAGAUCCAAGCUUCAUCACGGUGGAAACUAACCGUUUGCUCCUCCUCUUCAUCAUCGGUAGCCGGCUGGCGAGGUGUGAAAAGUCAGUGUCAUGACUGGAGCUGAGACUGAGGAUGAUAUUCCAUUAGGAGAAAGGAAGACUGUCACAGACUUCUGCUAUCUCCUGGACAAGUCCAAACAACUCUUCAAUGGGCUAAGAGACCUUCCUCAGUAUGGACACAAGCAGUGGCAGUCCUACUUUGGACGGACUUUUGAUGUCUACACUAAGCUGUGGAAAUUCCAGCAGCAGCACAGGCAGGUUCUGGACAGUCGGUAUGGCUUGAAGAGAUGGCAGAUUGGGGAAGUUGCAUCCAAAAUCGGACAGCUUUACUACCACUACUACCUUCGUACCUCAGAAACAAGUUACCUGAAUGAGGCCUUUUCGUUCUACUCAGCCAUCCGUCAGCGCUCCUACUACUUUCAGGUCAACAAAGAGGACCGGCCAGAAUUAGUAGUGAAGAAGCUUCGAUAUUAUGCCCGCUACAUAGUCGUCUGUUUACUGCUGAACAAGAUGGACCUAGUCAAAGUUUUGGUAAAGGAGUUAUCUGAGGAAAUCGAAGACUACACCCAGCGAUUCAACACGGAGGACCAACUGGAGUGGAACCUGGUUCUCCAGGAAGUGGCAGCUUUUGUAGAGGCAGAUCCAGUGGUAGUUCUGAAUGACAACAGUUCUGUUGUUGUCACCAGCAAUCGGCUGCUGGAGGGAAGUGUGCCUCCACUGGAACAAGGCAUGGUGGUUGGGCAGCUCGUCCUUGCAGAUGCACUAAUCAUCGGCAACUGUAACAACCAGGUGAAGUUCAGUGAGUUAACCAUCGAUAUGUUCCGCAUGCUUCAAGCUUUGGAGAGGGAACCAGUAAACCUGGCCACACAGACCUCGAAACAAGGAACGCUGGAACCCAAUGAGAAGCCAGCUAAACGAGAAAACCCUCACAAGUAUUUGUUGUACAAGCCAACAUUCAGCCAGCUUUUUACUUUCUUGUCUGCCUCUUUUAAGGAAUUGCCUGCCAACAGCGUUCUGCUCGUCUACCUGUCAGCUACUGGAGUCUUCCCUGCCGGGCAUUCAGAUUAUGAAGGUAAAGGUAAAGGCCCGUAUGAUUUUGGAGGAGUUCUCACGAAUACAAAUCGAGAUGUGGUCAACGGAGAGACGGUGCAGAAGAGGAAUCAGGCCCAGAAAGAAAUGCACUGCCUUCAUCCAGGGGACUUAUUCCCUUUCACCCGGAAGCCACUUUUUGUCAUUGUGGAUUCUACAAACAGCACAGCCUACAAGCACUUCACAAAUCUGUUUGGCCAGCCUCUGGUAUGCCUACUAUCACCUACAGUAUAUCCCAAGAGUGUGCAAGAUCAGUCUCAGCGUGGGAGUCUCUUCACUCUGUUCCUCUACAGCCCACUCUUGGCCUUCUCCUCUGUGUGCGGCUUAAGCAGCGUUCAGCGAGGCCUGUGGGAAAGGGCUCAAGAAUUUCUUCGUAAAGUCUACCGUGACAUUGGGCAGAUGAUAACUCGAUCACGGAACAUAGAUCAAGCCUUUUUGCAAUUCUUUGGUGACGAGUUCCUUCGGUUGCUGCUGAUCCGCUUUGUGUUCUGCUCAGCUGCACUGAGGCUGCAUAAACUCUUCCGGGAGUGCCAGAGCUUCCCGGAGUCGUACCCUGAGCUCCCUAAACAGGAUACAGUGGAGAGCAGCCUUCUACAGAAGCAUAUUUUGGAGCUGGCGACUAUGCUGGACGUGCAGAGCCUAUUUUGGGAUGAUCCACUGGAAGCCUACUAACAUCUUUCGCACAGGGCAAAAAUGGCAUACGUGUACAUACAGACUCCGCUGCCAGAGCUCUCACAGUUGUCUUUGCUUUUUUUACAGGUAAUGAAAAAUAACUGAUUCAGCACAUCCAAGUUCACGCCCUGCAUUUAACUGUUAACUUGUGGAAGCAAAUGUAGUGCAACAUUUAAAUGUUCACAUAAAAUAAGCCAGAGUUUAGUGUAGAUUUCCACCAUUUUUAGUCUCAGCGGCUUGGCUCGUAAAUAUACGCAUCAUGUAAGAGUAAACAAACAGUGAGAGGCUGCAAAUAACUUUUCUACUCACCAUUCCCCAUCCGAACGUAAGGUUGCAGCCUCGAACUAUAUUCCUCGUCAGAUAAGUGUUGGCAGUCUUGGUUUCGUGUCUUUUUUUAAAUAAUAUUUAUCAUUGUUUAUCAGAGUGAAGGUUGUGGAAGCCUUAAGGAUAGAGAGAAAUCUAUCUGUAUGAAGGCAAAGCGGGGUGGUGUUGAGAGGGAACACAGUGCUAAACUAAACCCUUCACUGCAUCAGUAAAUAUUAGUAUGAUGUUAGCACAUUAAUCGUUCACUAGGCUGGAAUAUGAAAGAUUUCACCAAAAAUGUUAUUACUGGUAUUUGCCAAACAGUGCUUGCUGUGCAACAGCUUAACUUGUAGCAGGCUGAGGUGCAUGAGAUCAUGUUGUGUUGCGUGUCGUAGGUCCUCAUUAGUUGGAAAGAUAUCACACUCCUUUGGGACAUUAACCAGCAAUCCAUCUAAAUACCUUUAACUUGUACGUCGUUUCGGUGCGUUUUGAGAGUGAUCGUUAAAGCUUUUCCAUAUCACUGUGCUGUAUUUGCAUGCAAAAGGCAAACGAAAUGUAUCCAUUUUGUUGUUUUAUCCACAAAGAAUGGCCUCCCAACUUUAAGGAUAUAAAAAAAAGGGUUGUAGAUUUUAAAACGGCAUGGGGGCUGGGGAGGAAAUGUGCAUGUGUUGCAUGGGCCUGUACAUUUGUAGUUGUGUCAGCAAAUGAAGACAAUCUAGUUUGACAACAGAGGGGUUGAAGGAAGGUAGCAUGGUAUGCACACCCACAUUUUUUUCAUUGCUUUUUUUUUAGAAUCAUUACUUAGUGACACCAAAACACCUCUGUAACCUAAAUGAUUCCUACCAGAAUAUCAUUGGCAACACCAGAAUCUCCCUCCUGCAGUCAGGUUACUUUCCUGGGUUUUACUUUUACCGUUGAUCCGGUGCUUCAAGCUCACAGAUGCUGCCAUCUUUGUCAGUUACUGACGCCACAAAACAAACAGAUGUAGUGAAAGGGAGGAUGCCUGGGUGGAGCUGAGGAGGGAUGAACAAGUAGUAACCACCACGGCUGACUUGAACUGUUAAGAACAAUUGAGACCAUGACCAUUGUGGUUGUUUUUUUUUACUUUGUCUUCACUGUCAACCCU